AUGGCGUUGCCAGCUCCUUGCCGGCGUUGCGCAGUGCUCCUAUGUUGGCGCUGUCGUGCUCGUCGUGCUGCCCGUCGUAAAGGAUUCCCGUCAGCUAAUCCGCAGUCUUUCCUGAAAUCUCCAAGCCAAGGGAUCCCCCCGCGAGCCAGAUAUUCGAAUCGCACAAUGGCGGAGACUCCCGUAGGGGCUGUUCUCGUCGCCCACUACGAUGCCAAGGGGCUCUCGCCAUCGUCGCCAGCGGCGGACUCUACGUCGGUGCUCGUGGUCAUGUCGACCGUUUAA